CAGGUGGAGGUGAUACCACAAAAGACUCAAGCAAAGACCAUCUAGAUAUCCUUAAAGGAAAAAAAUGUCAUCUUUUCCACACUUUCACACUAAUGCUCAUAUAUCAUCUACCAAGUUCUUCAAGUUGGCAUUGAACAUAACAGAUGCUCUGUUCAGAUUCUCCACACACCCCUCUUGUGCCGGGACCCUGGCCAAGGCCAUCGGACUGCAGCCAUUCGGAUUGAUCGCCAUCAGACCAAAUUUCCGUGCCCCCAGAAAUUAUCAACCCCAAUCAUCUCGAAUGCAUAAUUCGAUGUCCAACCAAGGAUUCUACCGCACUGCGAAACAAGUUUUCAGCUCUACAAAAUCCAAUGAACACACCGCAAACUUGAUCGCGGAAUCCCUAAUUAAUUCGACCACAAGAUCUCUCCAAAUUGCAGAAUCUCUCAUUUCCAAAGUUAAUCCCUGUAUCACACCUCAUGUUCUCUCGAACCCACGAAUUCCCAGCUCUUCUUGCUUGCGUUUCUUUGAAUUUUUGCGGAUGAAUAAGUCCAUUACUCCUCAAAAACCCGAUCUUGAAUCGCACAUUGUAAUCAUUCUGCGGCUUUUUGGAGCUAGAAAAUUUGCGGAGGCCAAGAAUAUUCUGAGUGCUGCUGUUGCAGAUGAAAAUCUUCGAUCCCCAUUUUCAGAAGUAACUUCAUUAGUGAGUGAAAGUUGUGCAGAACCCACUGUAAAGAUUAAAUUCUUUGAUAUGUUAUUUAGGGUUUAUGCUGACAAUGGAAAGUUUGAUGAGGGCUUGGAGGUUUUCGAGUAUAUGGUUAAUAAUAAGUUUGAGAUUGAUGAGCGUUCUUGCAUGGUUUAUUUGGUUGCAUUGAAGAAAUGCAACCGUUUUGGCUCAUUGUAUGAUUUCUUUCAGAAAAUGGUGGAAUGCAAUGUGGUGAUUACUGUUUAUUCCAUGACAUUGGUUAUGGAUGGAUUGUGUAAAAGAAAGGAAGUCGAGAAAGCCAGAAAAUUGAUGCAUGAUUUGGUUGGAAAAGGGGUUAAACCAAAUGCGUAUACUUUCAACACUUUGAUAGAUGCUUAUGUAAAGAAAUCAAAUCACGAGGGAGUGGAAGAUAUCUUGGCUACCAUGGAGAAGGCAGGGGUGAAUUUCAAUGUGGCGACGUAUACUCUUCGAAUUAAUUGGCAAGCGAAAUACUUUGGUAUUGAAAAUGCAGUGAGGGUGUUUAAGGAAAUGUCUGAAAGAGGUGUAGCGGCAGAUGUUCAUGUGUACACAUUGAUGAUUAGUCUGUACUGUAAAAAAGGUGAUAUUAAGGCUGCAUUUGCUUUAUUUGAUGAGUUGGUGGAGAAGGGGGUGGAGCCUAACGCCCAUACUUAUAACUCAUUGAUAUAUGGUGUGUGCAAGAUGGGGAACGUGGAUGCAGCGAAGGUCUUGCUCAUUGAGAUGCAAAGCAAAGGAAUAAACUUGAAUCGAGUUAUUUUCAACACGCUGAUGGAUGGCUACUGCAAGCAAGGGAUGAUUGAUGAAGCUUUGAAGUUGCAAGCUGUUAUGGAGAAGAAGGGAUUUGAUCCUGAUGUCUACGUGUACACUAUGAUUGCCAAUUGUUUAUGCAAAUUAAACCGGCAUGAGGAAGCGAAGAAGGAACUGUUCUCGAUGGUGGAGAAGGGUGUCGUACCAAAUGUGUAUUCUUACACAACACUGAUUCAUAUAUACAGCAAGGAAGGUAAUCUUGUUGAAGCUACUAGAACGUUACAUGAGAUGGAGAAGAGUGGAGAGAAACCAAGUGUUGUGGCAUACAACGCUUUAAUCCAUGGAUACUGCCGAAAUGGGAAAAUGAAGGAAGCAAAUGAAUUGAGGAGGAAACUGGAAGUUAAGGGGUUGCUGCCAGAUAGUUACACGUACACCUCCCUCGUGCAGGGAGAAUGUAUAGCUGGGGAUAUAGAUGAGGCGCUGAAGCUCUUCCGAGAGAUGCAGGUGAAGAAUAUAAAUCCGGAUGUAUUAACUUACACAGCAUUGAUAUCAGGGUUGUCCAAAGAGGGGAGAUCAGAAGAGGCUUUCGAGUUGUAUGAUGAGAUGAAAGAAGCUGAGGUCACGCCAGAUGAUAUCGUAUACUCUUGUCUUGUGGGCAGCCUCCAUACAAGUCAAACAUAGUCUUGAAAUCUCGAAUGAGGUAAUUUCAAGGCUUCCAUAUUUGUCCCAGAUUGGGGAAUGAUGACUCAAAGACAUGAAAGUAAGUGUUUACUGUACAAAAAAGAAACCACUCCUACAUUCUAGAGACAAUCACAGGUUCACGUCUUCUAAGGUGAUGCCUCAAUGUAUUCCAAGCACUGCAUGACUUGUCCAGAGACAUGCUGUUAGAAGGGACAUCGUGAGAGACUGGAACUUUGAGUAUGUACUCGGCCAAAGCUCGAGAAUGCGGAGCUGCUCAAGAUGAAUAGCUUCGGAGGAAUGGAGGUCGGCUUCUCCUCCCUCUCAUUUUGUUCAUGUUGUUUCCGAGUUUAUGAUAUUCACGUGCUGUGAGUAUUUGUAACAGAUUCAAAUCCCCUCAGACCAUCCGUGUAUACCUUUUUUUAGAUUCCUCUUUCUUUUCUCUUCUAUGCAGAAAAUGAUCGAAGCAGCAAACCCCAAGUGUAUAAAGGAUAGGAUUGUCUAAAUCAAGUUUUUGUGCUGAUAAAUGGAACUUUGUGGGUAAAA